AUGUAUAAUAAGAACUUCCCCUACAGACCAAGGAUCAGGUUUGAGCACGGACCUGGCGUCGGUCGUCCGAUUCCCGAGUCAAAGUCGCGGCUGUCGCGUGCCCGACCGAGCCUCCUCAGCUGCCAGUCGUUGGGGCCUGGGUCCGCUCGAGAGUUGGCCAAAACCGCGCCAAGCAGUCCCGAGCCAUCGGGUCUCCGCGGUUUAGCGGCCUGCCAGGCUCCGAUCGUCUCUGCCCACGGUCCGCCGACUUCCGGCGACCUCGUUCGGCGGCUACAACCGAAAGAAUCGCCUCCAGUCGACGGUGACGGCGGAGUCGUCGUUCCGCUGGCCAGGCCCACCCGAUCGUCCGGCGGUCCAGUUACUGCGCCUGCGUCGCAUUGCGGCCAGUGCGUCCUCUUUUGGUUGCCCACGGCCAGCGGUGCUGGGCUCGAGUCCCGUCGACGGUCAAAACGGCCACGAGCCUGUGAGCCUGGAUCGUGUCCCAACUUGCCGUUGGAGGCGGGGCCUCAGGAGCUCGGGGGUCGGGGCUCAGAAGUCGCCGGUACCGGUACCGGUACC